AUGAAGACUGUUUUGAUCACCGGAGCCAACAGGGGCCUCGGCCUCGGGAUGGUGAAAUAUCUCACUAAACAGAACACGGUAAAGAAUAUAUUCGCGACGUGCCGGACCGUGUCCGAGGAACUGAAAACCUUGUCUGCAGAAAACAAAAAGCUGGUGAUUUUGAACUUGGAUGUCAAGAACACAUCUAGUUUCGACGAAGUGUCCUCACAAAUAAGUAAAAUAGUUGGCGAAAAUGGGCUAAACCUGUUGAUAAACAAUGCUGGUGUUACGACAAAAUUCACCAAAUUGCCGUACGUGAAAACUGAACAAUUACUGGAUAAUUUAACCGUCAAUACCAUUGCUCCAAUUAUGCUCACAAAGUCUUUACUGCCCAUUCUGAAACAAGCUGCGGACGCUAAUAACGGGAAUCCUAUGGGAGUCCAUCGUGCGGCUGUCAUCAACAUGAGCUCCAUUCUCGGAUCCAUUGCCCAAAAUGAUCAAGGUGGCUUUUAUCCUUACAGGUGUUCUAAGGCAGCUUUGAAUGCAGCCACAAAGUCGAUGAGUGUCGAUUUGAAAAAAGAUAAUAUUCUGGUGGCGUCGAUGCAUCCUGGUUGGGUGAAGACAGACAUGGGUGGCAAGAAUGCGCAUCUGGAUGUUGAAACUAGUGUUGCUGGAAUAUUUGACACCAUAAACAAACUUUCUGACGCCGACACUGGAAAGUUCCUGAAUUAUGACGGCUCUGAGCUGCCGUGGUGA